GAGGAAGGGCUCUCUGAAGGCCAAGAAGUGGAGAUCCAUCUUCCACCUGGGCCGAUCCGGCCACGAGGCCAAGAGGAAAUCGGGCAAGGCCGAGGACAAAGAGGAGAAGGGGGCGAAGGUUCCACUGCGCCCGGCCAAGAGCAUGGACUCGCUCAGCUCUGGAGCCCCCCCGGGGAAGGUCCCUCAGCGCCAGCAGAGCCUCGACCCCUCAGAACCCCCCCCCGGAACUCCCCCCGGAGCCGCAGGAACCCCC